UCUAACCAAUCGGUGUAAUCAGUAAUCAGCAAGCAGUAAUUUGUUGAUAUAAAUUUCGUUAUAAAAUGACUUCCGAAUCGAUUUGUAAACAUAGUCUUGAUAUAAUUUACGAACGAAUUGGUUAACAACUUCGCUAGAUUAUGGAGAAAUCGCUAAUUAUCGCAACCGCGAUCGGUCUGGCUCUUGCCUUUCUUGGAGCAAUCAAUGGGAAUACUUUCUGCGACGAUUGCGGCAACGGUAUUUGUCGAGGUGUUGAGAACAACACGAAGGUACCAAACAGAGGCAAUUGUCUCAGAUUUUUCACCUGCAUUGAUCAACGUCCACACCCCGACGUUUGUCCGUCUGGCCAAUGGUUCAAUCCCGAAAUUCGGCGUUGCGAUGACCUAACAGAUGGACAAUGUUCUCCUUCCGACCGGUUCGAGUGUCCUCCAGAUGGUAUCCAUUUUUUUCCACAUGACACAUAUUGCCACAAAUAUUACCUGUGUUUUGCCGGUGUCCCAAUAUUAUCGGCUUGUGCCGAAGGAUUACACUUUGACCGUGAAUUAUUGCAAUGCAACUUCCCCGAAUAUGCUGAGUGCAUCCAUGAAGUGUGUCCGCCAACAAAUGAUCCAACAAAUAUUACAUUUAUUGCAAGCAGAGUCGACUGCGAGAAAUAUUUCAUUUGCUACAGUGGUAAUCCUUUAGAGCUCCGGUGUGCUACAGGAAUUCACUGGAAUGCCGCGGCCCAACAAUGUGAUUUCCCAGAGAAUGCUAAUUGCACCGUCGACCCACGACAGCAACCACCACCACCACCGCAACCACUUGAAAUAGAAUGCGAACAUCCGGGUGCAAUUUAUUUCGAGCCCCAUCCGAAUAGUUGUGACAAUUAUUUUGUUUGCUCUAUGGGCCGAUCAACUUUGUUACGAUGUGGUUCUGAAUUCGUUUGGGACAGCAACAGCGAAUGGUGUGAUUUUUCCGAAAAUAUGCAUUGUGAUGCUGGCUUAGUGAAAGAAAAUGCGGUGAAAAUUUUACCAGCCGAAGCUUUUGUACCUUAUGACGAUGCUGAAUCAAACGUGCCAAUAAAUGAUGUUUGAGGUUAUGAGUGUAGAAAUAAAAUUCUUUUUGUUG